CGAUACCACAUAUAAUUUUGUACAAUUCGCAUAAAGAUGUCAGCCUCCUGUCGUACGAAAAUGGGAACGACUGGGUCAGGAAUUCUCCCAAUUUUCAUCAUUCUGGUUGGAUACCAGGUUAUAUAUACAUUUGCAGAUACAGAGAACGAUGACAGAUGGAAGCCUUACCUGUCACUGAUCGAGGAAGCUACAUCAAGUUAUGAAGACUGUGCAAUGGACGACUGCUCAUGCCAUGCAGGAGUAAUGGAUGAAGACCUGUCGGUGUGGCAGGAAAGAGGAGGUAUCACCAGAGAGGAUGUGGAGAGAGCUGAGAGUAGAGGCACACUCUACCAGAUCAUCAACCAUCACCUCUUUAGGGAAGAGAAAUGCAUGUUUCCUGCUAGAUGCAGUGGAGUUGAACAUUUCAUUUUGAAAAUCAUUAAGAAACUCCCAGACAUGGAGUUUGUGAUGAAUGUUCGAGAUUGGCCACAGAGUGGAAAAUAUGCCAAGCCGUUGCCUGUACUCUCUUUUAGUAAGGUGACAAGCCAGCACUAUGACAUCAUGUACCCAGCUUGGACCUUCUGGGAAGGUGGCCCAGCGGUAUGGCCGUUGUUUCCCACUGGCCUUGGAAGAUGGGAUCUCUUCAGGGAGUCUCUUGACAGAGAAUCAAAGUUAUUACCUUGGGAAAAGAAAGAAGAUAAAGCAUUUUUCAGAGGGUCAAGAACAAGCGCUGAGAGAGAUCCUCUUGUCCUCUUAUCAAGAGAAGACCCAGAUUUGGUGGAUGCAAGCUACACCAAGAAUCAAGCGUGGAAAUCUGAUGCAGAUACUUUACAUGAGCCUCCUGCAAAGGAAAUAUCAUUGGAAGAACACUGCAAAUACAGAUAUCUGUUUAAUUUCCGUGGAGUUGCUGCCAGCUUCCGACUGAAGCACCUGUUUCUCUGCCGUUCCCUUGUCUUUCAUGUGGGUGAUGAGUGGCUCGAGUUCUUCUACCCGGCCCUCAAACCGUGGGUUCACUACAUCCCUGUCAAACAAGAUCUAUCAGAUGCAAGAGAAUUGAUAGAAUUUGCCAAGGCCAACCAAGACGUUUCCCAGCAGGUUGCAGACAGGGGUCGUGACUUCAUCUGGAAUCACCUUCGGAUGGAGGAUGUACAAUGCUACUGGUUGAAUCUCUUGAAGAGGUAUGGUAAGCUGCAGAAAUACAAGCCUAAACUCAGGAAUGAUCUCAAGCAGAUCAAACCAAAAAGGGAUGAAUUAUAAGACAAUCUUCAUUAGCAUUAGGGAGAGGUGGAAAACAGGCGUAAUAUGCUUCAUUCACAUACAGUAUAAUGCAGCAAAACUUAAAAAGGGAGAAAAGAGAAUCAAUUCAAACACAAAAUAUGUUUUAUUUAUAGAGGUAAGUGUUUGCUGGUAACAAAUAUGCAUGCAGCAUGGUUCCUGUCCAGUAUUGGUGUUUGUGUGUUUGUGUUGGAAGCUCAAUUCGGAUUGCUUUUCCUAGCUCAAAAAAUAUUCCCGGGGACAGUUUCAUCAACAGUUUUGUCCAACAAGUUGUUAUAUCGACAUCUUUCAUUGAUUCUAAUUGACUGAGAAGCACUGUUACUAUGGUAACUAUCGGAUUAAACAGGACUUGUCGGAUAAAAUAUCCAUCAAGUCCUUUCUUGAACCGCUCUCCAGAUCAAAAUAUUGACAGCUCAACACGUAGUGAGUGACUUUUCAAAACCAUCUUUAUUUUAUGUUAGGUGUUAUACUCAUGUAAUAACUGACACAACACCAACACCAAAAGGUCAAAACCGAACUUGAAAUCAUCCAAUGUGUUCACGCUAUGCUUGAAUUAUGGUAUCUUAGUAUUUGCUGCAUUUUACCACUCUUUUCUCCCCUUAUAAGUCAUUUUGCUGUGUUGAAUGUAAAUGACACUCAAUUAUUUUUAAGUUAUGUAAUGGUUAAUCAACAUUUGCUUCUGCAUAAAAGUUUUAUUUCAUCAUAAAUAACGAGGAAUGAGGGAUUAAGGAUCAUGAGGGAUUUGAGGUUUCUCAAAGCUGUGCAUCUGAAAUGUAGACAGCUGAAUGGUAUUCACACGACACUGACAUAGAUGUAGGCUGAAGAUUUUAUAUGCAAAUGUUGGUAAAAGCUAAUCAUAAAUAGGAUUGAAAUGUGGAAAAAAUGGUCAAUAUUGUUAUUUGGGAAUAUUGAUUAUAAUGCACCUUUGAAAUAAGUCUAAUAAGAAUAUGAAUUUUUAUCUCAAGCUUUAGUUUAGAUUGAGAUUCAGGGUUAGUGGUUGGGGUGAGUGCUUAUUUCGGAUUUAAAAAAUACAUCCCAAAGUUGUGCUUUUGGUAUAGUGUCAGGCCAUGAGUUGGGUCUUAUGUUUGCUUCAUAUGUAUAAAACACUUUUCAUUAGACUCUUGUUUAAGAUUCGGAUGAUGUUUAAUUGUUAUGUGUGGUACAGUUUUGAAAUUACCAACUACAUUUACAAAAUUUAAGUGAGUAAUUGUUACAUGAGCAGGUUGUAACUAAUCCCUGAGCCAUAUUGAACUACUGCAACCAUUGGCAUUCUGACUACAUUCAUAAAAGAUCUCUAUUGCUUUCAUUUUAUGUUAGUAUUUCCAAUAUUUCUAAUGUAAAAAAUGGUAUUUAUCUUGUAGUAGACUGUAUUUUCUUAAUCAAUGAACAUUUUUUAUUUUAGCUUACAAGCAACGAGGUUGUGUUAGAAGAAUUGAUAUUCAUUUUUAGUACUCAAUCAGGAAUUGUAAGUUUUACUUUUAAAUAGUUAGAAAAUCAUCACUUUGAACUAACGCAUAUUGGAUGAAUUUGAAGAAUUCAUUAUUGUAUUCACUGUGCCUUGAAUUUUGUCAUGAGCUUCUAUAAGUUUGUCAAAAUUGUAAUUUAAUGAUAAUUAUCAAUUAUAUACAUGUACCGUGAUUUUCUAACUCCUUUUUGUCAUAUUGGUAUAUCAUAGUGACUAUUUUUUUUUAUUUCAUGUACCAUUCAAAUGUAAUGAAUAUCAGGCUUUAUAUCCCUCUUAUGAACAUUCAUGAAUAUUCUAGAUAAACGAUUGGUCAAUUUGUGAUCAUGUGACAAAGUAUUAUUUCAUUGGGAAUAACAUAGCUGCAAAUAGCUCCAUUUUCUUCCAGCUCCAUAUUUUUUUCAAUAUACUUUCAUGGGGAGAACUGCGCAAGCUCAUGCUUGAUAUGUUCUCUCAACAUUGAACUGUGCAUGCUCUCGCUCAAGUUAUUUACUGACAAUCUGAAAAGUCAGUAUAGAAUUGGGUCUAGAUUAUCAUGCAGAAAAUAUAACUCCAUGACGGCCAUUCAUACAGGACACCCAAAUACACGGUGAAUUAGGUGAGUCAAAGUCCGAUACGAGAGUCUCAAAAUAAGUUGGCCUGCACGCUUGCAAAAUUAUCUUGAGACAGAGUGCAACUGCAACGGUGCAGCGCAUCGUACCUCUCAUUAACAGCAGACCAGAAGAGCUGCGCGCAGCCUACCCAGGGACUGGCUAGUAUUAACUGGACAGGCCUUAGACUAGUUAGGAAUAGGUUUGGCAACCUUAAGAUUGGUCUAGAUUGGUUGCAAAUCAGCAAGGACGAGGUCUAACGUUAAAAGUUAGAGGGAUAUAAAACAAAUCUAUCAGGCGUCUCUAUCGAAAGCAUAGUGGGAAUUAUUAAUCCUUGGAUGGACCUGCAAUGUAACUAUUUUUCCCUUGGGGCUUCGCCCCUCAGGGAAAAUAGUGAUUGCCAUUUGCCAGUCCAACCUUUGAUAAAUAAUUCCCACCAUACUUUCUGAAUGUUUGAUGCAUAACACACUUUAAUUGACUAGUUCAGUAUUUCACUGACAUUGAGCACCAAGCAGACUGUACUUGUCUCAAUGUUAUUUAAAUUCAAAGUUAUUCAGGUUAUGACUGCCACAGGGUAUUGUGUUGCACUGUACAAAAGCCAAUCUCACCCUGUUCUCCUUAUUUAUUUAGGAAUUUCCAGCGAGUUGUUUAUGAUUUUAAUUGUAUAUCAUGUAGCCUCUUCCACAAGCGUACAAACUUAUCUUGCAAUGAUGCUUUGAUGGACUGCCCACCAGUAUGCAUUAGAAAUAAGAUUGUAUUGAACUUUCAGCUUGUAAAGUAUAAAACUGAAGUUCCUACUAUUAUUUUGCAUUGCUACUCAUACUACCUUCUCAAUUGAUAUGUAUUUCAAUCAAAAUAAGAAAAUAGAAAGAGAAAAUUGAACUACAUGUAUUUUGCAACAUAACUAUAUAAUUUGUAUCAUAUAUUUACAUGAUGGAAAUAUUCUGUAUUCUUGUGGUAAGUCUAUU